GGAUGUAGAUGAGGAGAACACCCUCCACACCGACAUCGUUGGCGAUUUGAAAGAAAUGUUGGACAAAAAUAAUGCAUUCGUUAAGUCGUUUAGAAUGGUUGGCCAGAAAGUAACUGAUGGAGAGCUAAAUAUUCGGUUGAAACUCAUUGGCAAGAGAGUUUCUGAUGCUCGAACGUAUAACCUUCCUUCAACAUCCGAAGUGGCUGCGUUAAUAGUAGGUGACUUUGACGAAAAUUUGGGUAACAGAGAUAUUGUGCUACAAGCACACUCUGGAUCAUUGCAACGUAUAAAUGAACUGCAUCCGGCUUAUCUACCUUUGCAAUAUCCUCUUCUAUUUCCUUAUGGAGAAGACGGUUAUCGAGAAGACAUCCCAUUUUCUGAUUUGAAGAAACCCACACCAAAUGGAAGAACUACUAUCAGUGUUAGGGAAUAUUUUGCAUUUCGCUUGCAUGAAAGAGAUCAAGAAUCCCCAAGCAUACUCUUCUCAAAGAGACUCUUUCAACAAUUUGUUGUGGAUGCGUACGCAAUGGUAGAAGCCGGGAGGUUAAGGUAUGUUAGGACGCAUCAACAAGAACUUCGAUGUGAGUUGUAUAAAGGUCUUUCGGAUGCAAUAUUGCGGGGAGAAACAGACUCACGUGCUCAAGGGAAGCGAGUUAUAUUGCCUUCUACAUUCACCGGAGGGGCACGAUAUAUGAUCCAGAAUUAUCAAGACGCCAUGGCGAUAUGUCGUUGGGCUGGAUAUCCGAAUUUGUUCAUAACGUUUACUUGCAAUCCCAAAUGGUCUGAAAUUAGCCGCUUUCUUGAAGAAAGGAGACUCAAACCAGAAGACCGAGCUGAUAUUAUUUGCCGAAUUUUCAAAGUCAAGUUGGACGGAUUGAUCAAAGAUCUUCGAGAUAAUAAAAUAUUUGGUCGUGUUAAAGCAGUCAUAUACACCAUAGAGUUUCAGAAAAGAGGUCUGCCACACGCUCAUAUAUUGCUGUUCAUAGCUAGAGAUGACCCAUCUCCGUUUGCAAAUGACAUCGACCGUAUCAUUUCAGCUGAAAUUCCAGAUAAAAAUGUGGAUCCUGUUUAUUAUGAUGCAGUAGCCGAUUUAAUGAUGCACGGACCGUGUGGACCAUCUAGGCCAAAUUCUCCGUGUAUGUCAAAUGGUCGUUGCACUAAACAUUUUCCAAAGAAAUUUAAUGAGGAGACGACGAUUGAUGAUGAAGGGUACCCGAUCUACAGACGAAGGGAUGAUGGAAGGACAAUUACAAAAGGGGAGGUCGAGCUGACCAAUCAAUUUGUAGUGCCACAUAAUCGUUAUCUAUUGCUUAAAUAUGGUGCUCAUAUGAAUGUGGAGUGGUGCAAUCAAUCCCGCUCAAUAAAGUACCUAUUUAAGUAUGUCAACAAAGGGAACGAUCGCGUGACGGCUGCAUUUUACCAGAAUCCAAGUUCUGAUGAGUCCAAUCAACCUGUUGAUGAGAUUAAGAUGUACUAUGACUGUAGAUAUGUAUCCCCUUGUGAGGCAGCAUGGAGAAUUCUUGGUUUUGAGAUUCAAUAUAGAAAUCCUGCGGUUGAACGAUUAAGCUUGCAUUUACCUGGUGAGCAGAAUGUAUAUUUCUCAGACACUUCAUCGUUGCAGAACGUGGUAGAUCAACAAACUAUGAAGGAGAGCAUGUUUGUGGCUUGGUUCAAAGCAAACAAGAAAUAUCCUGAAGCAAAAAACUUAACUUAUGUUGAGUUCCCUCAGAAGUUCGUAUGGCAUAAAGAGACAAAGGAGUGGAAAGAAAGAAAGAAAGGAUUUUCUAUCGGGCGAAUAAAUUAUGUACCUCCUGGUAGCGGGGAAAUAUUUUACAUGCGAUGCCUUAUGAAUGUUGUUCGUGGAGCAACGUGCCACGAUGAUUUGAAAAUAGUCGAUGACAUACAGUUUUUGACUUAUCGUGAUGCAUGUUACGAGCGAGGGUUAUUAGACGAUGAUAGGGAAUAUAUAGAUGCAAUUGAGGAGUCAAGUCACUCAGCCUCUGCAUUCUUACUCAGAUAUCUUUUCACAACAAUUUUGACAUCGAAUUGUGCGUCACAUCAAGAGCACAUUUGGGAGAAAUGUUGGACAUUCUUUUCAGAUGACAUUCUUUACAAACAACGCCGUUUGUUGCAAUACGAAGCCUUGACACUUGAUGAUGAUGAGAUUAAGAAUCUGGCACUUAUUGAGAUUGAGCGAUUGCUGCAAAGUUAUGGAAGGAGUUUAAAGGAUUAUUACCCUAUGCCACUUCCGCGUGGGGAUAUAACUCAAAGUAACGUCAACAGAUUGAUAUGUGAAGAGUUGCGAUAUAACAAGAACGAAAUGAAAGGACUGCAUGAUAGUCUCACAUGCAACUUAACAGCAGAACAACGCGAGGUUUAUGAUAUUGUAAUUGAUGCAGUCCACACCAAUACUGGAGGUGUUUUCUUUGUAUAUGGUUACGGUGGAACUGGGAAAACCUUUGUGUGGAAAACUUUAUCGGCGGCUUUGCGUUGUAAAGGUGAGAUUGUACUUAAUGUAGCAUCAAGUGGGAUAGCUUCUUUGUUAUUGCCUGGUGGAAGAACCGCUCACUCUAGGUUUGCUAUACCCAUCAACAUAAAUGAAGACUCAACGUGCAAUAUAAAACAAGGCAGUCAAUUGGCAGGACUUAUUGUGAAGUGCAAACUUAUCAUAUGGGAUGAAGCCCCAAUGGUGCAUAAACAUUGUUUUGAAGCACUUGAUAAGACUAUGCGUGAUAUAUUGCAAUUGACGAAUCCUGUGAGUUUGAGCACUCCUUUUGGAGGAAAAACCAUUGUUUUUGGGGGUGAUUUUCGUCAAAUAUUGCCCGUGAUUCCCAAAGGAUCUCGGAAUGAUAUCGUUUCAGCUACUAUCAAUGCAUCUUAUCUAUGGAGGUGUUGUAAGGUACUGCGAUUGACGAAAAAUAUGAGGCUUCAAAGUGCGAACACCCCGGAUGAAAUUGAAUGGAUUAGAAAGUUUGCUGAAUGGAUUGCAAGAAUCGGUGAUGGUGCAAUUGGUGAUUCAUCAAAUGGGUUUGCAACAAUUGAGAUACCAGAUGAUAUAUUGCUGAAAUAUGAAAGUGAUCCAAUAGCAACCAUAGUCCGAAGUACAUACCCCGGUUUUCCCGAUAUUGAUGACGACCCGACAUAUUUGGAAAAACGGGCUAUACUGGCUCCAACUCUAGACGUUGUUGAUUCCAUCAAUCAGUACAUGAUGUCGCUGAAUACCCGAGAAUCAAAAACCUAUUUUAGUUCAGACAGUGCUUGCCAGUCCAACACAAAUGCAGAUGUUUUAGCUGAUGUCUAUACCCCUGAAUUUCUAAAUAGUCUCAAGUGUUCUGGAGUUCCAAAUCACGAGUUGACUUUGAAGGUUGGCACUCCAGUUAUGUUACUGCGCAAUAUAGAUCAUUCAAUGGGGCUUUGCAAUGGGACAAGAUUGGUUAUCACAAGACUCGGAUGUCAUGUGUUGGAAGCUAAAAUAUUGUCUGGGCAUACUGCAGGGCAAAAAGUGUUGAUCCCAAGGUUGAAUUUGACUCCAUCAGAUGUUAGAAUGCCUUUCAAGUUUCAGCGAAGACAAUUCCCUAUAAUGGUUUCAUACGCAAUGACAAUCAACAAAAGUCAAGGACAAUCGUUAUCUCAUGUUGGGUUGUUCCUAAAAAACCCGGUUUUCUGUCAUGGUCAACUCUACGUUGCUGUUUCCCGAGUUACCAGACGUGAAGGAUUGAAAAUAUUGAUAUGCAACCCCGAUGGUGCCUCCAGUAACUCAACGUUAAAUGUUGUAUACCCAGAAGUUUUUCAAAACGUUUAGUGUUUUUUUAUAUUACAAUGUUCUUACUUCGUUAAUUC